UGCUGGCCAGUUGCAUGGGCCACACUCACCCCAGGACUUGGAAUUAAGAGGAGGACUCUCAACCGAUAAAAUGACAGAAGAUAAGAUCACCAGGACCUUGGUUUUCACUGUCUUCACUGCUGUACUGGGUUCCUUCCAGUUUGGAUAUGACAUUGGUGUGAUCAAUGCACCUCAAGAGGUAAUAAUAUCCCAUUAUGGAUACAUUUUGGGUAUUCCACUGGAUGACCGAAAAGCUAUCAACAACUAUACUAUCAACAGUACAAAGGAAAUAACCACAGUCCCAUACCUAGGGGAUUCAAUACCAACACCUUUGGCAGAGGAAGAGACUACAGCAUCUACCAGCCUCAUCACCAUGCUCUGGUCUUUGUCUGUGUCUAGCUUUGCCGUUGGUGGAAUGAUUGCAUCAUUCUUUGGUGGGUGGCUAGGAGAUCAGCUUGGAAGAAUCAAAGCCAUGUUGGUAGCAAACAUUCUCUCAUUAGUUGGAGCUCUCCUGAUGGGGUUUUCAAAACUGGGACCAUCUCACAUUCUUAUAAUUUCAGGAAGAAGCAUAUCAGGACUCUACUGUGGACUAAUUUCAGGCUUGGUUCCAAUGUACAUUGGUGAAAUUGCUCCAACCACACUCAGGGGUGCUCUUGGCACACUUCACCAGCUGGCCAUUGUCACGGGCAUUCUUAUUAGUCAGAUUGUUGGCCUCAACUUUAUCCUGGGCAAUCAUGAGCGAUGGCAUAUCCUUCUUGGUUUGUCUGCUGUGCGAGCCAUCAUCCAGUCUCUGCUGCUCUUCUUCUGUCCAGAAAGUCCCAGGUACCUUUACAUCAAGAUGGAUGAAGAAGUCAAAGCAAAGAAAAGCUUGAAAAGACUCAGAGGAGGUGUUGAUGUCACCAAAGACAUCACUGAGAUGAGAAAAGAAAAAGAAGAAGCAUCCAGUGAACAGAAAGUCUCCAUAAUUCAGCUCUUCACCAAUUCCAGCUACCGACAGCCUAUUCUAGUAGCACUGAUGCUGCACGUGGCUCAGCAAUUUUCUGGAAUCAAUGGGAUCUUUUACUACUCAACCAGCAUUUUUCAGACAGCUGGAAUCAGCCAACCUGUUUAUGCAACCAUUGGAGUUGGUGCCAUCAACAUGGUUUUCACUGCUGUCUCUGUAUUCCUUGUGGAGAAGGCAGGGCGACGCUCUCUGUUUCUAAUAGGAAUGAGUGGGAUGUUUGUCUGUGCCAUCUUCAUGUCCGUGGGACUUGUACUACUGGAUAAGCUGGCUUGGAUGAGUUAUGUGAGCAUGGUAGCCAUUUUCCUCUUCGUCAGUUUCUUCGAGAUUGGGCCUGGCCCCAUCCCUUGGUUCAUGGUGGCAGAGUUCUUCAGUCAAGGACCACGGCCUGCUGCUUUAGCAAUAGCUGCAUUUAGCAACUGGACAUGCAAUUUCAUUGUAGCUCUGUGUUUCCAAUACAUUGCGAAAUUCUGUGGACCUUAUGUGUUUUUCCUCUUUGCUGGAGUGGUCCUGGUCUUUACUCUGUUUACAUUUUUCAAAGUCCCAGAAACCAAAGGAAAGUCCUUUGAGGAAAUUGCAGCAGAAUUCCGAAAGAAGAGUAGCUCAGCUAAAGUGCCAAAAGCUGCUGUGGAAAUGGAAUUCCUUGGAGCUACAGAGACUGUGUAAAGAUAACCUGCUUUUUUGACAAGAACAGAAACAGGAAGAAAGUUGUGUGUUUUUAAUUGAUGAUUCUUUGAGAAUUUUAUAUCCAUGUCUUAAAGAAUUGUUUUAUUUUUUUAGAGAGCUUUUAUGGGCUCUUCUCAGAAAUGUCAUAAAAAUUACCAAAGAAAGUAUUUUUUUUUUAAGUUAGAGCAUCUAUUUUUGAUAGUAAGAUUCUAUAAUUAAAUGAACCAAAAAGUCUAGCUUAUUUUACUACAACAAAGAGCAAGUACAUUAUAAUGUUCGAGCUCUAUUCUUUAUAAUGAGGUUCUCCUGAAAUGGAAGCAGUUCCAAUGUAUCAUGUUAUUGCUUCAUUAAGCACGUGACUGGAAACCUGAAGCUGCAACUCAUUUACAUAUUUGAAUACGAUUAUGUUUGCAUUUUCUUACCCACAGACCUCAUACUAAAGGAGCUUUGGCUAGUGGUAAUAAGGUCCAUGUUAAAAUUGAUAAAUUUUCUAUUUUCUCCCACUUAGCCUUUUCUUUAUUAGAAUUUUUAUUUUGUUUAAAAUUUUAUUUUUUUCUGUCUUUUCAUGUGGAAUGGUUUAUUGAGUAUAUUAAGAUAUAUAUGUUUAUAAAGAAAAACUUUUGUUUUUGGUAGGCUUACCAAAUCUUCUGGGACUCAGAAAAAAAAAAAAGUUAGUUCCUUUGCUUGAUGACCAAAUAAUUCUUCUAAGAUUAAAUACUGAAAAGAUUUUUACCAGUCAUAUAGCUUUUUAAUAUU